GUAGUGAUUCAUGCGACAUUUGUUAGCUUGACGCAGUUGGGGGGUCAACAGCGAGCGGAGCUACCGUUAACCUGCCCGUAAAGUAGUACAAAAUGAGGGCCGUGGAUUAAAUGCGCUCUUUUGUCGCCGCUCAAACACGGAGAUACUCUGGUGGACGAGUCGCUGUCGUGUGGGUUUUCUCCCCGGAAGCUUCUAGCGGGCUAACCUGACACACAUCGGGCCUCGUCGUCGUGGCCCAGCAGGACUCGAGUGAAGUUGGGAGCGGACUGCCAAACUUCUGCUUCCUCCAGCGGCUCUCCGCGGGGCCCGGGGCUCCUGUCACCGGCCCUGUGGAUGAGGAAGUGACCGCGAACCCAAUCAGCCCCCAGGAGAAAGGAAUCCCUUUGAUGGGAGAGUCCUCUUUCCUGGCCUCCUGGGUCAAUCGCCGUGCCAUGAUGAUGGAUGAGCAGGAGGCGCUAAACUCGAUCAUGCAGGACUUGGCCGAACUGCACCGCUCCAGCCGUCCUGCCAUGUUCCUGUCGGACCUGGGCAAACCCAAAGCCUCCUCGCCCAAGAAUCAGAACGAUGUGAGAGUGAAGUUCGAGUUCAAAGGGGAGAAGAGGAUCUUGCAGUUCCCUCGACCUGUCAAGCUGGAAGACCUGAACACGAAAGCUAAAGUGGCUUUCGGCCAGACUAUGGACCUUCACUACACUAACAAUGAGCUGGUGAUUCCGUUGACCACUCAGGACGACCUGGACAAGGCUGUAGAGCUGCUGGAUCGCAGUGUUCACAUGAAGAGCUUGAAGAUCCUCCUGGUUCUACAGAUGUCUUCUCAGAACUCUUCCUCCAACAUGGACCUCUUGCCAUCCCACGAGGAGCUGGACAACACGGGGUUCAGAGCGGCAGACAAGAAGAGCAUGCUGGCUUUGAUAGGAUCCCAUUCGACCGACCGCAGCUCCCCUCCUCCAGGAUACAUUCCCGAUGCUCUCCAGCAGGUGGCGAGGAACGGCUCCUUCACCAGCAUCAACAGCGAGGGGGAGUUCAUCCCAGAGAGCAUGGACCAGAUGCUGGAUCCGCUGUCUAUGAGCAGUCCAGAGAACUCAGCAUCUGGAAGUUGUCCCUCUUUAGACAGCCCUCUGGACAGCGACUACCCCAAGUCCAGGAUGCCCAGAGCUCAGAGUUACCCAGACAACCACCAGGACUUUACAGAAUACGACAUCCCAGUGUUCGAGAAGUCGGGGAAAGGAGGGACGUAUCCUCGCCGCUACGGGAUUCCCUUUGGCCUUCAAGAUUAUAGUGAUGGACGGAAGACUUUCCCUCGCGCUCGGCGGACGCAGGUUCACGGCUUCCGCUCACCGGUCAGCUUCAGCCCGACCGAGCAGUCACCCAGCACCAGCAGCGGCAGCAGCGUCUUCACCCCCGACCUGGAGGAGGCCCCGGGGCCCGCCAGGAGGCCGCGGAGGGGCAGUGACAUCGAGCCGAACCCCAACCCAACCACCGCUCCCACCCUGUCAGUCAUGGACAUCAGCCCACCCAGCCGCUCUCCUCGUGCUCCAACCAACUGGCGGCUGGGGAAGCUUCUGGGUCAGGGUGCGUUCGGUCGGGUUUUCCUGUGUUACGACGCCGACACCGGACGGGAACUGGCAGUGAAACAGGUCCAGUUCGACCCGGAGAGUCCCGAGACCAGCAAGGAGGUGAGCGCGUUAGAGUGUGAAAUCCAGCUGCUGAAGAACUUGUGCCACGAGCGGAUCGUCCAGUACUACGGCUGUCUGCGAGACUCCAUGGAGCGAACGCUGUCCAUCUUUAUGGAGUACAUGCCCGGGGGCUCCAUUAAGGACCAGCUGAAGUCGUACGGAGCGCUGACGGAAAACGUGACGCGGCGCUACACCAGGCAGAUCCUGGAGGGGGUUUCCUACCUGCACAGCAACAUGAUCGUCCACAGGGACAUCAAAGGGGCCAACAUCCUCCGUGACUCUGUGGGGAACGUGAAGCUCGGAGACUUUGGGGCGAGUCGGUGGCUGCAGACCAUCUGUCUGUCAGGAACAGGCAUCAAGUCGGUGACCGGGACUCCUUAUUGGAUGAGCCCGGAGGUGAUCAGCGGAGAAGGUUAUGGCAGGAAGGCCGACGUCUGGAGCGUCGGCUGCACCGUUGUGGAGAUGCUAACGCAGCGACCCCCGUGGGCAGAGUUUGAGGCCAUGGCGGCCAUUUUUAAAAUUGCCACCCAGCCAACGAACCCGGUUCUGCCCGCCCACGUGUCGGACCACUGCCGAGAGUUUCUCAAGCGGAUUUUUGUGGAAAAAAAGCAGCGGCCGUCUGCAGAUGAGCUACUGAGGCACAUCUUUGUACAUUAAGUUCAACCGCCUGCCGAACUGCCAAACACGGCCUUACCUGAUGUGGCGGUCCUGCCUCUGGCCCCGCCCCCUCCUCCUCCAUGCUGGGGCGUUCAGGCGGUUGGACGCUCCUCCUGUCUCUGUUUGUAUGAGACGGCCGUAGAGGACAUUAAUUUUUAUUUUAUUUUUCUCCGCAAGUUGCACCUUAAUUUCUCGGACACGGAGGUUUUUGAGCACUUCCUCCUGGAAAAAAGCGACUCUUUGGAAACGUCUCCUUUUUUUAUGUUUGUACGAUUUCUCUCUCGGAGUGUGUUGGUGUUGUGGACCUACAGGAAGUGAUGCCUGACUCUGGAGUGGCCCCACCCCCCCAUCUCGCUGACCCGACCCCAGAAUGUAGUCUCCUGCCAAAACCCAGAGCGACGGCGAUGACCUGGGCCCGCUGCUAUAGACGAAACGAAACCCCAGAUGCAGAGAACACUCCCCGAAAAAUUUCCACUCGCCUGCCCUCAUUCCUCGUCUUUGUCCGCUCGGUUCUUCUGAUAAAGCUCUGCUGUCGUGUCCACCCUCCCUCCUCUUCAACCCCCAUCUCCGUUCUUUGCCGUGUGCCUUUUCUGUUUUUAAACGCAAGUGUAGGAACGAGUCUUGAGUUGUUUCACCUCCCGGACAAACUGCCUUUGCACCGUUUAGCCCAAAAGCAGCUGAUCUCAGUUCAGCCGUAACGUCAGUUUUCUGCCUUUUUUCUGCAACAGGGACUCGAGACAUUGAGCCGCUCAUCCGGUUUGUUUGCCUGCUGUACCAAAUAUCCCUCAGACCUGCCGGCGUCAGAGUGAAGGAGGACGAUCGGUUGUUCUUCUCAGUGUUUGCUCGGUUCAAUUCUUGUCUCGGUGGAUUGAGUCAGAAAGUAGGUGAAUGUCGCUUGUAGGUCCUCAUGUCGCUCAGAUUCCAGCAGAGCGUUUCAUUUCAACCGCAUCCUGAAACACGAGUUUAACAUUUGGUCAAGAGAUCGAGGACUUGAUAACAACAGUAAAAGUUGCAUUUUUGCUAUUGCGAACAUCUACUGUUGAAGGUGAAAACAUGAAACAUACGAUCAGACUAAACGAUUACUGGGGAUCCUCGAAUUAUGUUGGAAUUCCCUUCGUACGGCGUGACGUGACUCAGUUGUCACCCAAUGUUGGAACUCACAUACUGUGAUGUAUGUGGCGUGCAACCAGUGGAUGUAAACAAAGUCGUCUUCCUCGUAUAGUGCUGCAUGAUGGCAUAUUUGUCCGCUCGCCAACUAGUUCCGCACAAAAUUUGUUUUAAUGUCGCAAUCGCCGUAUGAUGGAACCAGAGAUAGUGAGGCAACCAUGAAACGCCGUAGGUCGAGGACGUCAUAAACCGAGGACCUGCUGUAAUCUAAACAGCUGAUAGAUCGACAGUGAAAAUGUGUCCUCAAGCAGACCAAGUACUUGAAUUUUUCCGUCUCCGGACGCGACAAACCACUUUGACUUGUUCUCUGUUGUCCGUUUAAUUUCAAACCAAAUACGAAGAGCUGCUCGUCGUUUAGCCGGCCGCUACCAUUAGCCCGUCUCUGCUUCGCGUUCUCCAUCGCGGUGGCGUGUCGUGUUUUCGGCUCGCCCGCACUCGAACAUGUUUACAGCCUCGCAGAGCUUCGUUCCCGUCAACAGUCAGCACCGCGGUCGCUCUUCUUGCCAAAUCAUCCAUUUUUAACUUGUCACUUUAGCCAAACUACAGCAUCGACUCUAUGCACACACCGGACGGCAGGAUUCAGUUUUUCAGUCUUGCGUUCUUCUGGUUCUUAAAGGAAUAGUUUGAAGCAGCUUCGUCGGCAAACAACUGUCGACUAAACUGUCCCACACUGAAGGCGACAUUAUUUAUCACAUGAACUCGAAAUAUAAAGUCAUUGAAAUGUCGCUGCACGGUUAUUAAAAGCUAGAUUAAAAACAGGUCGUAUAUAUGUUAGACAUCUUUGUAGAGCAGGUGAUGGGAAUAGUUUUGCUUUUUAAAGGUGCAAUCCACAAAAUUCUGCCCUUCUGUAGAAUCUUUCAUGGCAAAAAACCACGAACUGAAGUUAAAAUAAAUUGCUGCUAGCUUGAGCGACACCAAUUACUGCUCUGUUUCUUGCCAGGAUGAAAUUAAACGGAAAUUCUAACGGUACGUAAUAAUAGUUAUGCGCUCCCUGCUUGCGCCGAAACGCAUAAAUUAGCCUUAAAAAUGACCCGUUGUUGUUGUAGUUCCCCCGGUGGUCACUAGGUGCUGCUAAAGAGUCGACUGAUUGCACCUUUUAAAGGCAGGUGGAAACGGAUUCCUUCACAUCUCUGAAGGCACUUAGACUUCUAAGUCUUAUAUUCGCCACUUGUUAUGGUUUUUCGAGGAAUAAUUUGAAGCAACUUUGUCGGCUAAACAAUGCACGGUUAUUAAAAGUCAGAUUAAAAAACAGAGUAUAUCUCCGUUGAGCAUCUUUGCAGAGCAGGUGAUGGGAAUAUUUCUGCUUUUUAAAUGUGCAAUCUGCAAUAUUUUCCUUUUGUUUUUUUUUUAGUUUUACUCUUCUCCAAAAUCUUACAUGGUAGAAGAAGGUGACACAAACUGAAGUCAAAAUAAAACAAAUAAAUCGCUGCUUGCUUGAGCGACGCCACUUCUUCCAUUUGUUGCCAGGAUGAAAUUAAACGGCGAUUCUAAAGCUACUUAAAAUUAAUUUUUUGGUGCUGGCAGCUCAUGCUGAAACACAUAGUAACCCUUAAAAUGAACCGACUUUGGUAUGACCCAUUGUUGUUGCAGUUCCCCCGAUGGCCACUAGCGGCUGCUAAGGAGUCGACUGAUUGCACCUUUUACAGGCAGGUGGAAACGGAUUCCUUCACGUCUCUGAAGGCACUUAAACUUUUACAAGUCUCACAUUUGCAACUUGUUCAGGUUUCGGAGUUAUAAUUUUAAGCAGUUUCGUCCGUAAAAAUCUAAAAUCAUUGAAGUGUCGCUGUAUGGUUAUUAAAAGUCAGAUUAAUAAACAGACCAUAUCUACUUUGAACAUCUUGACCGAGCAGGUGAUGGGAAUAUUUUUGCUUUUUAAAGGUGCAAUCGGCAAAACUUUCCUGUUUUUUUUUCCCCAUUAGUUUUGCUCUUUGCUCCAAAAUCUUUCAUGGUAGAAGAAUGCAAUGCACACUGAAGUUGAAAUAUAACAAAUAAAUCGCUGCGAGCUUGAGCGACGCCACUUCUUCCAUUUCUUGCUGGGAUGAAAUUAAACACGUUAGGAUUUUAAUGGUACGUAAAAUUUGUUUUUCGGCGCUGACUGCUCCCAUAAAUUAGCCUUAAAAGGAGCCGACUUCGGUACGACCCGUUGUUGUUGUUGCAUUUCCCCCGGUGGCCACUAGGUGCUGCUAAAGAGUCGACUGAUUGCACCUUUUAAAGGCAGGUGGAAACGGAUUCCUUCACAUCUCUGAAGGCACUUAAACUCUUGUUCUGUGGUAAAAACAAACAAAAAAAACAAAUGCCGGUACGUCCACACAGGUGGUGGAAUCCUCACAUUAUGCAUUUUCACACAAGAAGAAGAAGCGGUAAUUUGGAUGUCGUCAUGAAAGCGUUUCGUGGCCGUAUUGAGUUUGAGGCACCGUCCGGACGAUUAGCUUUCCGGACGGCGCCAGCACUGGUGAACCUCGAUACCAUUAUGCACUAUUCACUGAUGCUUCUUCACGGCUCCUCGUCGCUCGUGCAGCUCGGUUCAGCGACCUUUUCUUUGCACAUUUUAAAGACUGUUUUUGUUUUGGUUUGUUUUGUUUCUGCUGUGUGUGUGUGUGAAAGCAGGUGAGUGUAUGUGUGAGAGUGUGUGUCGACGGUUCGGUUCAACCUUUACAUGAAUGUCAUUUUUGCCAUCAGGUGGCCUCGUUCACCACAGUGGAUUAACUCUCCGGUACCAGUAUUUGUCACCUGCAAAUGCCAAGAUACACCCGUAGUUCUCUCUUUAGUGUUUGAAGCCACUGCUGCCACUCCCGUGUGUGUGCGAUCGUGAUAUUUGUAUGUGAUUGUGUGAGUUUGUACAUGUGCAUUUUACUGCAGAUUGUGCUCACUGCGCCCGAAAUGCCUCGAGCGUUCCGACUGUAGGGGAUGAGAACAUUAAAAAUAACAAAUGAAUUUAACAAAAAAUAAAAUGAAUUUAAAAAAAUCAUGUACAGAUGUAUAAAAUGAAAUUGUACCCUUUUUUUUUUUAAAGAAAAGUACACUUAUAUCCCACAUGUUUGUUCUGUGUAUUGUAAAAGAAGCCAUGUUUAUAAUUCUAAUUGGUUUGUGACCAAUACGCCUGUUUAUAUCAGAUCUGUAUAUCAGUGGUACGCAUAAUUUUUUAAUAUAUAUUUUUAUUUUACUUUUUUUUAAAUGGGAGAUUUUAUGCAUGGUUGGGUCCUGAGAGACGCAGCGGUGCCGUCGAAUCGUUGCUGUUUUUUGGCAAAAUUCCGGAGUAUUGCGACAGCUCGGUGUUCAUAAUUACAACAAUUAUGACUAUGAUGAAAACAAUAAAAGAUAUUUAUUUCA